AUGUUCGCACGAAAGCAGCCCAAGGACUCGAGCGACGACGAGUUCUGGGGCGUCCCCGCUUCCGGUGUCCCAGUCCCGCCCAGGCCACACCCCUACGGCGCCGCCAGUGCUCCGCAGCAGCAGCAGCAGCAACAGGCGGGCCAGCAGCAGCAAGUCUAUUAUGGUGGUACCCAGCCCCAGCAGCAGCAACAGCCGCAGGCCCAGGCCCAGCACGGCUACGCGUUCCCCUCCGUCCCCUCCUACCCCGGCCUCACCGUCGACAUCCGCCAACCGAGCUACUACGGCGCCUCGGCUCCUCCGCAGUACGCACAGCAGCAGCAGCAGCAGUACUACCAGCAGCCACCACCACAGCAGCACGGCGCCUAUCCGCCGCAGUACAACUCGUCGGGUCCUGGCUCGCACGGCUUCCCGUACUACCCUUCGCAGCCGUCGUACUACGCCCAGCAGGUGCCCACGGCGCCCCCGGCCGCGUCGUGGUCUUCGUCGCCCGACCUGCACGCCUCCUCGGCCGCUGCACCCGGUUCGGGGCCGGCACCGGCGCCGCUCGCACACGCCCCGCCGCUGAGGCACGCGGCCUCGACGUCGCAGCUCCAGCGCGGCCCCGACGCUGUGCACCACCACCAGCAGCACUCGCACCAACCGCACCAUCCGCCCCUGCUUGGCGCGCACCACUACCAGCACCAGCAGCCGCCGCAACAGCCGCAACAGCAGCAGCAGUUUGUGUUCGGCCACGGCCCGGCGUCGGGCCAACAGCCACAGCCGCAGCAGCAGCAGCAGCAGCAGCAGCAGCAGCAGUCGCUGGUGCCCCGGCCGCAGUCGCUGGUGCUGCCGCCCGCUGUCGCGCAGAGCAAGGCGUUCGUGCCCCCGCGCCCGCCCUCGCUCAUCAUGCGCACGCCCGCCGCGCCCGGCUCCGCCCCCGCCCCCGCCCCCGCGACAGCGCCCGUCUCCGCCGACUCGCCCGCCGCCGGGCAGCAGGCGGUGCCACCGUCGCCCCGCCGCUCGAUUCUCGGCGCCAUCGCGGGCCUGGGCAAGGGCCGGCGCAACACGGACCUGGCCCGGCACCGCAAGGGCCAGUCUGGCGAGAAGGGGGACCACCAGGGCACGCCCGCCGCUGAUGGCGGGCACCACCACCCCACGGCGGCGGCGGCGGAGACUACGGAGCCGCAGAAGGCGGGCGCCACGAAGGCCCACCUGCUCCGCAAUCCGUUGCUGGGCGGCGGCCACCGCAACACCCUCCAGGAGAUGCUCAAGGAUAAGGAAGUGGAAGAGGAAAGGAGGAAGCGGAGGGAGCUGAGGGAAAAGAAGAAGGAAGAGGUCAAGAAGCAGAACGAGGAGCUCAAAAAGAAGGAACUGCAAGAACAGAACCCCGCGGAGGAGGGGGAAAGCCAGCAGCCAGCGGAAGAUGCCCAAAGCCGACGUCAGCUCGUUGAGGAACGGGCGCGUCUCGAGCAAGAGCGGCAGCAGAUGGAGGCGGCCGUGGAGGAACGCAUCAAGCGAGCAGUCGAGGAGCGACUCAAGCAGCAAGAGCAGCAGCUCCUUCAGCAAGUCGAAGUCCAAAUGCGCCAGCAAGAGGAGGAGCGGAGGAAGAAGCUGGAGGAGGAACUGCAGAAGCAGCGGGAGGAAAUCGAAGUUCGCGAGAAGCUCCGAAUUACGCAGCUCGAAGAGCAACGCAAGAAGAACGAAGAAGAGGCACGCGUCAAGAAGGAGCACGAGGAGCGCGAGCGCGAGGCGGAGAGGUUGCUCGAAGAGGAGCGCAGGAAGGGCGAGGAGAAGAUCGCCAAACAGAAGAACCGCCUCCAGCAGAGCUUCAACGCCGAGCAAUGGAAAAAGGAGAUCGAGGCCAAGCUGCGAAAGGAGAUGGAAGAGGAGGAGCAGCGCAGGCGUCAGGCCGAGGGCGGGGAGAAGCACGUGUGGGAGCUGAGCUCGAACGACAUCAUCCUCGGCCGCACCCUGGGCAAGGGCGCCUUCGGUGUUGUGUACGCCGGCAAGCUGCACGGCAAGGAGGUCGCCGUCAAGAAGCUGCUGGCCGCCGAGAUCGACCAGGAGGCCCUCGCCGCCUUCAAGCACGAGGUCGACAUCAUGAACAAGCUCAGGCAUCCCAACAUUCUGCUGUUCAUGGGCGCCUGCGUGGAGGGCGAUCAGCUGAUGAUCGUGACCGAGCUCAUGCCGCGCGGUUCCGUGGAGGACCUCAUCCACAAGAGCAAAACGCAGCUCCCCUUCAAGCAGCGCAUGAAGAUCGGAAAGGACUGCGCGUUGGGCAUGAAUUGGCUGCAUCGGCUCAAGCCGCCGUUCCUCCAUCUCGAUCUGAAGCUGGGCAAUCUCCUCGUGGACCAGAAUUGGAACGUCAAAGUUGCCGAUUUCGGUCUGUCGAAGGUCUACAACCCCGAGGCCGCCGGCGACGGCGAGAUGGUGGGGUCGCCCUUCUACAUGGCGCCCGAGCUCCUCCUGCAGAAGGACUUCGACGAAAAGGUCGACGUCUACGCCUUCGGCGUGGUGCUGUGGGAGUUGCACACUACGGAGGAACCCUACAAGGGCCUCUUUGAUUCGUUGGACGAACUGAUCGAAGCGGUGGCGUUGGACGAGGAGCGGCCAGAGAUGCCCGACGACUGUCCUCCUCUGUUGAAGAAGCUCAUCGUUUCCUGCUGGCAGACCGACCCGGCCCUCAGACCUUCGUUUGGAGAGAUCCUGAAGGAGAACACCUUGGACAUGGUCAUCAUCCAAUCGGCCGUCAAGGACACCAUCGGCCAGGCCUUCUGGAUCCAGCACUUUGUCGAAUACGACGUGGUUGGUUGGCGCGAGUGGCUGGAGGGCUUCCGCAAGUACUUUGGUGUGCUGGCCAGUAAGGUCAAGGACGACGAGCCCGUCAUCCAAUCCCUCAAGCUUCUCCUCUGCGACGCGGCUGGUGAUGAGUCGGUGACGCUGGAGGCCUGGGGCAACGCCCUCCAGUGGUUCGGACCGCUCGACCCGCAGGCCACGGCCUUCCUGGCCAACAUCACCAACGUCUCCUCCAAGGGGUGGUUCUUCGGCGACAUAUCGCGCAUCGAGGCCGAGUCGCGCCUGCGGGCGGCCAACAAGGGCUCCUUCCUCAUCCGCUUCAGCGCGAGCCAGCCUGGAUCGUUCACCAUCUCCUUCCUUUACUCGCCCCAGACCGGCCCCAAGCACAUCCGCAUCAACAGGAACGACAAGGGCGAACUGGUGUACGCCGAUGCGGCCUACACGAACCUGGACGACUUCAUCAGGGCGCAGCAGCGCAGCCUCAACCUCAAGAUGUACUGCCCUGGGUCGACCUACGCCAAGCUCUGGGAGGGCCGCCGAAUGCGCCAAGGCAACGACGACGACCAGGAGGAGGAGGACGACGACGACGCCUACGCCUUCUUUGAUCCCUCGGCACAAGCCUAG